GGAGGAGCUGCUCUUACCCAAGUUCACCAACCCGCUGGCUGUGUAUGGAGAGUUUGGAUAGGUUGUCCCAGUGUGUGUGUGCGUGUGUGUGUGUCUUUGCAUUGCCCGCACUAUUGUUUUGCUUUGGAUGGACAGAGAGGCUUUCUGAUCAACUUCAGAUCUAAUUUUCUAACCAGGACGGAAUCAAACAUUUGAACUUUUAGAACUUUUUGAACCUUUCCAGCCUUUGUUUCCUCUCUAUCCAGAUAGAUUUUUUGUUGAUGGCGCGGUCUAACCAAGAUGGACACGAGUUGUCUGCCGGUUGGAGACUAGAUAACGGCUUCCCUCAUUACAUCUGAAUGUAGAUUUUAUUUAAUUAUCCGCUAAAAACGUGUUAUUCAUCAGCUGGAUGUAACCGGACUGGGCCAUUUCCACCCCAGAGGUCGCAUCCUAUAAUGAACAUUUUCCCACUGAAGUUUCGGUGAACUUUUCCCACGACUCGACAUGUCGGGAGUGGUCCGCACCCUGAGUCGCUGCCUGCUCCCGGCCGAGGCCAGCCGGGACCCGGGCAGCAGCAAGGAGGGGAGCCGGGAGAGGGACGCGGCGCAGGAGAGGGAGGCGCGGCGCCGGAGCCGGGAGAUAGACGCAAUGCUCGCCCGGGAGAGGAGAGCCGUCCGCCGGCUGGUGAAGAUCCUCCUGCUCGGGGCCGGGGAGAGCGGAAAGUCCACAUUCCUCAAACAGAUGCGCAUCAUUAACGGGCAAGAGUUUGAUAAAAAAGCACUUCUGGAUUUCCGGGACACCAUCUAUGAGAAUAUACUUAAGGGCAUGCGUGUGCUGGUGGACGCCCGGGACAAGCUGGGCAUCAGCUGGCAGAGCUGCGAGAACGAGAAGCAGGGUAUGCUGGUGAUGUCGUGGGAGGGACGUGUGGGCGGCUCGGGGGUCGAGCCGAGUGAGUUUCAGCUGUACGUGAUGGCACUGAGCGCACUCUGGGCGGACACCGGCAUACAGGAGGCCUACGCACGGCGCUCUGAGUUCCAACUGAGUGAGUCAGUCAAAUACUUCCUGGAUAACUUGGAUCGCAUUGGUCAACUGAACUAUAUCCCAAGCAAGCAGGACAUUUUGUUUGCGAGAAAGGCCACUAAAGGCAUCGUUGAGCAUGACUUUAUCAUCAAGAAGAUCCCUUUCAAGAUGGUGGAUGUCGGAGGGCAGAGGUCCCAGAGGCAGAAGUGGUUUCAGUGUUUUGACGGGAUCACAUCGAUACUCUUCAUGGUUUCGUCAUCAGAGUACGAUCAGGUCUUGAUGGAGGAUCGAAGGACGAACCGUUUGGUGGAGAGUAUGAAUAUCUUUGAGACGAUCGUCAACAACAAGCUCUUCCUCAACGUGUCCAUCAUCCUCUUCCUCAACAAAACAGACCUGCUGGUGGAAAAGAUUCGCACGGUGGACAUCCGCAAGAACUUUCCCGAGUUCAGAGGAGACCCACGCAGACUAGAGGAUGUACAGGCGUUCCUGGUGCAGUCGUUCAGCCGCAAGAGGAGAAACCGGGGCAAGCCACUCUUCCACCACUUCACCACUGCGAUAGACACAGAAAAUAUUCGUUUUGUCUUUCACGCCGUCAAGGACACCAUCCUGCAGGAAAACCUCAAAGAUAUCAUGCUGCAGUGACCUUCACGCUGCAGACAACAGCUUCUCUGACUGUGAACUGUGAAACCAGCCAUGAAUCAAGGCCUGGAGGACUGCAGAGCUGGCCUGUCUAAUCCUGACACUACAGCCCAUGAGUGCAUAUUAAUAUUAAUAAUUAAAGCCAGUUGACCCACAGUGUGGAUUUAACUGAACUCUGAACCUGUGGAGCCAUGAAAGUGACUCUGGACCUGUUGGCCUACGUCGACCCCUGUGGAAACUGUGAGGGUCACAGAGGACGAGAGCCUGCAUUUAACCUGUAUAAAUGUGUGUAUGCUGGAAAGACAGUCACCUUCUCCGUCUUGUAGCUCUAAAGUGUUCUUGCCUUCAUUCGCAGGUUAGAAAAUGUUUUUAAAAAUAAGGAGAAAAAAAACUACAUGACAUGAGCACUGAAAGUGUUUUUUUCCUCAAAUGUAUAUAUGACUAAUGACAACCCUGUCACUAAACCACGUCAAACUGCUGCCGGUCUAACUGUAGCUUGAUCGAGCUGUGUGAGCAAGAAGAAAGAAAGAACAUUUAGAGCAAGCUGCAGAAUGCUUUGCCCUCCUAAUGUACACGUGACAGAGGGAGAGGGGUAAGGGUUUGGGCCCAUACUGGUCAUAUGCUGUGUUGUGUGAUUAAGGUUGCUUGUUCCUGUCCAUGAACUUUAACAGAGGAAAGAGAUGACUCUCUCUAACGCUCCCUGUUUUCUUCUGUGCUGUCUUUCUCUCUAUCUUUACAUCUUCUUCGCUGCUUGUUUAUUCUCCUGUUCCUGCCAUCAUACAAGAGAUGAACAGCUGCAGAUAACUAGUGUUAUCCCACUCCUCUCCUCUCCUCUUCUGUCCUCUCCACAAUAGACAGAUUGUUCGUCUCCUCCCUCUCCAGCAGAAACAGUAGACAGUCAAAUUAAAGACUCUUCUUAGUUACAAGAAAUAGGCACACACAGCUUCUGGUCUUGCAUGAAUUAUGGUUCGUCUCUAUCCUUAUUCCUUCUUCUGUUUCCCACCAACGUCCCAGUAGGAGUACCACAAUAGCCCAGACUUAACUUAAGGCAUAUUUUAAGUAUCCCCUUUACAAGAAGGCUUUGGUAUACUGUUACACUGCUCGUUCCCAUUCUUUUGUCCUGUAAACGUGAAAGGAAAGGCAGAGAAUGACAGGGUUGAACUGUAAAUGACCUUAUUCCCAUGUUGCUGACGGCCAUUUUGGACUUCUGUAGCAGUCAGGGUGGGACAUGUACCAAGAAUGAACAAUAACCAAAACUUAUGAAGUGACUAAAACAGUCACAGAGUCUGGUAUUUUCAAUAUCAGGACAAUUUUGAGUUUAUUAUCACACUAAUACCAAGUUAAUACCAUUAUUUUAUAGUCAGUUAAACCAACGGUCAAGUUUAGUGCUACAACAAUUUUUUAAUUGAUUAGUCAAUCAAGAGACAAUUAAGCAGCAACAAUUUUAAUCAAAUUGUCAUUUCUCGAUCAAAUGGACUGGGUUCAGCUUCUCAAAUGUGGCAAUUAUAAUUUGAAGAUGACACAUUUGGCUCUAGGACAUUGUCUUCACUAUUUUCUGACAUUUUAAAGCUCCACUAAUGAAUAUUUUUAUAUUAACAUGGAAUAAAAGUGUAAAUAUGAAACCCGUCGUUAUAGUGAUGGAGCCACGGGGCAUUAUCACUCGACUCUACAGCUUUCCUCCGCUUCCCAGAACACUUUUGCAUCUUAAUAUUCCUCUGUCUGAUGGAUGAAUUAAUAAGCAACUGUUAUACAUGGUGAUGACACCGUAUAUCAACUUUAUAAGGCGAUGUUACCGUAUGUUGUGUUUACAGCUCGUUGCAGUGCAGGUUCAAAGACAAAACAAAUGAUUUUGAACGAACAGAUGAAUCACUAAAAACAAUCACUAGCUGCAGCCAUGUUUUACCAGCGAGAGUUAGCUGGUAAUGUAGCAUAAAGAAAAUGUACUGUUGUUAUGGUUACUCGCAGUUUAAUAAAGCCUUGAGCACUGAUUUAUGACGGUGGUUAAACUGUUGCCCAGAACUAAGCUUGUGUGAUUUUAAUGGAUACCUGCCAGCCACCCAGAAACACGUAUUUUCAAACUAAGUUAGAAUUUGAAACCUUAUUCUCCCUCCGUUGGAUUCUUCAAGUCAAGUUUCUUUCUGUUUUCAGAGACUCUAUGACAUGAAAAUGUUGAUUUUAUUCCCAAUAUUUGCAUGAUGUGCAUUUUGGUACGCAGCAGAAGGACACAGCUGGGCUGCUCCUCCCACCCUGAGUAUUAAGUCCGAAUGGCCUCGAUGGGAAUGAGGCUAAUCAUGAGCACUUCCACACGCCUUUAUAUGAUACUGUAUUAAACUGUGUAAUUUGUAUGUAUUUGUGUGUGACGUAUGUUCAUACAUCUUGUACAUAGAAUACUGUAAGUAUUUGACUCUGUGUGUAAUGUGGUAACCUUACAAUACAAACACCACUCUGUCUAACAGCAUCACUGUAACUGUAACGUUCCUGUAACUGUAACGUUGCUGCAACAUUUGUCGUUAACUAACUACCUUUUCCACUCACGCACGUUUUUUUUUGUAAGUCUUCGUCAUUGCACUGGAUGUGUCAGAGAGAAAACAACCAGAAAGGAAAACGUCUGGGGGGGGGGGGUAAAAGGCAAUGAAACAAAUAAACACGCUGCAGACUUUUAAAGGCGAGCAGGAUGGAGGCAGAGGAGGAAAAGAGGGAGGUCUUCUGCUUUUGUUUUUUGUUUCCCAGUGCCUUGGCUCUGUGCUCUGUGGUGAAAUACACUGCCGUUUGCUGA